UGUACGAACUGUGACGCAUUUACACGAAUAUUUAUGUGAAUGAUUAUCAUUCAAUGGAAGUUUGCUAUAUAGUGUAAAAAAUAAAAAGUUUACAUGAUUCUUAAAUUUCGACAUAUUACUUUUAUUGAAAUUGAACUAAAGAUGACUUCCUGAUUGUCAUUACUUAAAAAGAAACACAAAUGUGUGUGCGUCAAAAAACAGGAACAGUGUGAAUCAGUGCAAAUGGUGAUUUAAAGGAGGUGUGGACACUUUGGAGUUGUGAAACGUAAUUUAAUAAAAUUCCACGAUAAAUGUUAUCAUGAAAAUGGUGUCUGUAUACUAUUUUAGUAUUAUAGCAAUUUUUGGUUCAUUUCAAGUUUUUGCUUAUGGCGAAAUCGUCAAACUUUCUGGUAAUGGACCAGUUGUAUUGGGAGGGUCAAUAACAUUUAAAGCCGAUCUUUACAAUAAAGAUGGCUCAAGACCUCACUCAACUUAUCGUUAUCAAUGGUCAGACAAUGGUUUAUUUAACAAACAUCAAUUUUUGACUGAACCAACGAAAAACACAACAGCAUAUUAUACAGUCAGUUAUCCACAAUCAGAGGGCUAUGUUAUCGGUAUUUACGAAAUGGAAGUCCAAGUAUCAAAAGAAAUUAUUCCUUAUGUUUGGUAUCAACCAAUUACAAGUCGUCGCAUUGAAUUUGAAGUAUCGCAACUUCUUAAUGGAAAUAUGACCAUUGUCCAAUCAAAUAAAACUUUAGAAGAUAUUUAUGUAUCUUCAGAGACUGAAGCAAAUGUCAAAAUCGACGUGCGAGACGGUGAUCUCGAAUUUUUGAAGAAAAAAGCAACCUCAAUAUCUACAUUUUGGUUUGUGGACUGCAAAUAUUAUGGUCAAACAGAUGAUUUUAAUUUUAAGACAAAUUUCACGAAAGUCAAUACUACGCAUAAUAUAGAAGUUUUAAUAGUAGCUUCAUUUGAACCGCCAACUACACCUGUACCACCGACCACGACGAUGAUUCCAACGCCUUCGCAUACGACUGUUCCUAAUAAUAGCACUACACCGGCUUCGAAUUCGUCGACGACAACACCGAGGCCUACUUCAACUACGACAAUUGCAACGAAAGCGACAACAAUUUCUCCAAAUACGUCGACAAUUGCGCCAAAUGCUACACAAUAUCCUUUCGCGAAUAUUUCAUUCCCAUUCGUUUGCUUGAAUUCAUCGAUUAUACCACCAGAUCCUAAAAAGACUUACGGUUACUUCAAUAAAGAAGUCACUGUCAAAGCUCCAAUAAAUAAAAUAUUAGUCGAGGGUACAAAUUGGAUUCAACCUUGGGAAAUGUUAUCCCUCAAUGUCUCUUGCACAGGCUCAGGUCCUUUCUACAAGUGCCUUGCAUUUCAUCGUGGCAAAUACAACAUAACGGGAAAUGAAACAUGCUACGAAACCGAAAUGCUUCCUUCCUGUAACUUUUCGAUAAUUCACUAUUUCCUCGAACCUAGCGUCUCAACGAUAGUAAUGAUUAUUAAAAAUGACGUCAGUACUCAAAUAUAUCCACUCACGAUAAAUAUAUACAGUGCUACCGUACAACCUCAACUUUCAGUAAUUGUCGUACCAGUGGCAUGUUCAUUAGUUGCCAUUGUAUCGAUAAUAUUCGGCAUUGCAUAUUACAUACAGAAUAGAGCGAGAUUUACUGUCGAAGUGGCGGAUUUUGAUUUUGGCAAAAGCAAUCCAGAUAUGGAAUAUAAAACAUUUAGAGAGAGAUUGCGGGAUUCAUUCAAUAAUGCUGGUUACAAACCACUGCACGAUUCUCAAAUUCUUCAGUGAAAAUACUAUCAGGAAAAAUCGUAUGUUUCUAAAAUAUUGAUCUUCUUAUAAUUGGAAGAUGAAUACCAAACGACUAAAAGUGCAUAAAGACAUAAUAAAUUGUGAAUUGAAAUUGAAGCCGAUUUAGUGGCAUUUAAUAGUUGAUUCACACUUCUUUUUUUAUAAGAAAAAAAAAAAAAAAAACUCGAGUGAAAAAUUAAUUCUGGACUCAGUAUUUGUAGAACUUAAUCGCAGCAGUAGAAACUUAACAAUCUACUGCACAAUUAUUAACAUUAAAAAAAUAUCUGAGUAUGAGAAUGAAUUGUAUAUAAAGAAACUUAUACAUAGGCUGUGAAAAUGAAACACAAGAGAAUGUUUACUAUAAUGAGUAACAUUGUGCGAGAUGAGUAUCCAAAAAAAUUGUACUAAUUCUUUUGGAACUAGAAUUUUAGAAAUUUGUAAAUUAUUUGGCAAUUUAAUAUUUUUUAUUUAAAUAGAGCAAUAUUUUUGUUUUAAUAUUAGAAACUAAACUAACCUUUAAUGAAAAUUGAAAUUAUCUUCUUUGUAUAAUAAAUAACUAAACUGAUAAAGUUUUAUAAAAAGAAAACAAAAAUUAUACACGAAGAUAAUUGCAUAUUUCAGUAAAUACACUAUUGUAUUAAUUUUUUUUAUAGAAUUUUGCAUGUAUGAAAUUUAUGAAAUCGUCUUAAAUUUAUGCUACAAGCACUACGACUUGGGCAUAUUAUUAACUAUGAAUAAUUAAUUUAUAUGUAUGUGUAUAGAGUCUUUAUGUAUAUAAUAUAU